CGUUGGAGGUUGUGGGUAGUCGCGAGCGUGAGUUCAGGCCGGUAAGACGUAUUUGUGGUCGUCUCGUGUUUGUGAUAUACGUCAAACGCGCGCCUCGGCGCGAAAACGAGGGUGUCGAUUUAACGUUGCUCGUGUUUUAAAGUGUUUUUACGGAAGUGCUAGUGUGACCGUCCAACGGACGAGUAGUGUUAACGAACUUGAUCGACUAGUGAAGAAGAACUCGAUAGAAGAAAUUGAACAGCGCAUUUCUCACCACUCCCGAACGAAUUUCGUCGAAACGUCAGUUUCUUCGUCAGAAAUGCUGCCCUCGCUAUACCUUCCUCGCCCGUAUCUGGUCGACGAGAUUGCGCUCCGAUUAUGAUGUGAGCCUGUGAAGGUGGAAUCCUCGAGAAGCGCGAGGUCCUCGCAAUGGAGGCGGGACCGAAGCAACAGCAACAGCAGCAGCAGCAGCAGCAGCAACAACAGCCGCAGCAGCAACAAGCUCAACAACAACAACAGCAGCAGCAGCAGCAGCAACAGCAAAAUUCGUCGGGCGCCGCGUCGAGCGGACAGGAAGGGAGCGGGCAGGCGACGAGUCCGCAGAGCGGCGGCGGGCAGCCCGCUCAAGGCCAGCCCCAAGCUCAACAAAAUCAAGAUGCGGCCGCAGUCGCGGCCGCAACUGCGGAGGCCGGCCCGGUGGAAGAGGGGGUGCUGCUGGCCAGGGUGCACGUCCCGGAGCUCUACGUCAGCAAGUGUCUUCAGUUCCCCAAGGAUCAGCUGGUCUGGGACGUGAAGCAGCAGUGCCUGGCAUCCUUGCCCAAGGUGGCCACUUGGUACAGGGAGCUGAAGGAGAGCUUCAAUUACGGCUUGUUCUGCCCACCCGUGAAUGGGAAAGCCGGGAAAUUCUUGGACGAGGAACGUCGCCUCGGCGACUAUCCGUUCAACGGGCCCGUCGGAUACUUGGAGCUCAAGUACAAAAGACGGGUCUACAAGAUGCUGCACCUGGAUGAAAAACAGUUGAAGGCGAUGCACACGAGGACGAAUUUGCGAAGGUUGCUCGAGUACGUGGCAAACAGCCAGGUCGAGAAGAUCGCCAAGAUGUGCAGCAAGGGUCUGGAUCCUAAUUUCCACUGCCAGGAAACUGGAGAGACUCCCCUCACCUUGGCCACCACGUUGAAGAAACCCUCGAAGGUGAUAAUAGCCUUGGUGAACGGUGGCGCGUUGCUGGAUUAUCGAACGAAGGAGGGCCUGACGGCGAUGCAUCGCGCCGUCGAGCGGAACAGUUUGGAAGCUGUGAAGACGUUACUCGAGCUCGGCGCAAGCCCCAAUUACAAGGACACGAAGGGGCUAACGCCGCUCUACUACAGCGUCAUCUACAAAACCGAUCCGAUGCUGUGCGAAACGUUGCUCCACGACCACGCGACGAUAGGCGCCCAGGAUUUGCAGGGAUGGCAGGAAGUGCAUCAGGCCUGCCGCAACAACUUGGUCCAACACCUGGAUCACUUGCUUUUUUACGGUGCCGACAUGAACGCGCGUAACGCGUCCGGCAACACGCCGUUGCACGUUUGCGCUGUGAACAACACGGACUCGUCGUGCAUACGCCAGUUGCUGUUCAGAGGCGCGCAGAAGGACAGCCUGAAUUACGCGAACCAGACGCCCUACCAGGUAGCGGUGAUCGCUGGAAACAUGGAGCUGGCCGAGGUCAUUAAGAAUUAUCAGCCGGAAGAAGUUGUACCGUUUAAAGGGCCGCCACGCUACAACCCGAAACGGCGCUCGGUGGCGUUCGGAGGCACGAUGACCACUAGCUGCUCGGCCAGCAACCUGGGCACCCUGACCAGGAUACCGUCCGCUGAACAACAGCAACACGCCUCUGGCGGAACAGCAGGAGUAGGAGGAGGAGGAGGUAGCCUGACCAGAACGAUCUCGGUGGAGCAGUACGCGGUGACGAGGGUACCGUCCGCCGAGCAAUACGCGACCAGAGUAGUACCGUCCACGGAACAAUACGCCAGCCCUAUAGCGACCGCCUCCGCCAACGCAGUGACCAGGCUGUCCACGGGGGAUCACCACCACCAUCACCACCACCAUCACCAUCAUCAAUACCCAACGAGCGCCACCGGUACGCUUACCAGAGUGCCGUCCACCGAGCAAUACCCGACCGGCACCCUCACCAGAAUACCGUCCGCCGAGCAGUACGCGAACAGUAUCGCGAGGACGGCGGGGGACACUCCUCAUCAUCAUCAUCACGCCCGAGUACCGUCCAUCGAACCGACGACCAGAAACGACCAGAUACAGAGAAUACCGUCCUCGGAUUACCAGAGCCCGAACUCGCUGAGGGAUCCUAACGCGAGAUUACCGACCACCGCGGAGAACUAUCAGAACGUAAGAAUGGAGGGUCUGACGAGGCUGCAAGAACACCGGCUCGAGCUUCAACACCGUCUCGACAUGCACAGAACGAUGGAGAUGCCGCCCUCGCCCUCGCCGAGCAGCAGGAGUCUAGCUCCUUUCAGCUCGGCCAGCUCGAGCCUGUCCGAAGGCAGCAAUCAACCGUCCGGUGAAGAUUCCGCCAGCAUCGUCACAGACAAGAGUCUCGGCGACACAGCUUCCGACGUGAUUAGCGAUAGUUCAGGGGUGGGGACCUCGCAGUCGGACACUACCAAUUCCCUAUCGAUACCGGGGACCACGGUUGUCUGCGUCGAGAGUUAUAACAGCGGGAUACUAGGCCAUCUGAAUAUCAAUCAAGGAGAUAUCUUGGAAGUGACCGGGGCGACCGAUUGCGGCCUUCUCGAGGGUGUUCUCCGUGGACAGGGGACGGGCCUCUUCCCGGCCCACUGCGUGCAAGAGGUCAGGCUUCGCCACACCAACAUUCCGUUGGGUCCUCAGCCAGCGAGGGACGGCCGCAAUCCAAGGGUGUUGGGUCGUAGGGAAUCGCAACACAAGUAUUUCGCUACCGCUCCCAGAUUGAAGAAACCAGUUACGUCCGAGCCUCGUACCGUGGUGCUGCAUCGUUCCAGAAAGGGUUUCGGAUUCGUGUUAAGAGGCGCCAAGGCAACCUCGCCUUUGAUGGAGCUGACGCCAUCGGCCAGAUACCCUGCCUUGCAGUACCUGGACGACGUCGAUCAAGGAGGAGUGGCGGAUCUGGCCGGCCUUCGAAAAGGGGAUUACCUUAUCCAAAUCAACGGCGAGGACGUGACAACGGCGUCGCACGAGCACGUAGUGGACCUGAUACGAAAAUCGGGGGAGUUGGUACGAAUGACGGUGGUCUCGCCGGUGAUCAGCCUUCCGAAUUCGCAAUCGGCAGCGCUUCUGCCAACUAGUCAACCGAUUCAGAGACAGUACGCGACCCUCCCGCGGAAAGGUAACAACAACGUGGCGAUAGGCGGCACGCUGGGCAGGUCACCGGCCCCAAUGCCGCCCCGAAGAGAUCCAAAGACGACUCUGAGCGUUGGCCGGGCGCGAGCAAGAUCGAUGGUGGCUGGAUUAGAAGGUGGUGGGGAGAGAGACGACCGCGAUGAAAUCACAUCGACGGGGGCUAAAUCGAGUAGCGCGGAGUCUAUCCAUCUUCCCCAGCAACCGUCGACCGGACCCAACACCGGACAAAACACACCGGUACAACCGAGAACGGCCAGUAUCCGAUCGAGGCCCACCUCCAGUAGGAUCACCGCCGCGGAACUGGAGGUGCGUACGUAUGAGGGAAUCGAUUUUAUCACGUUGCUCGCGAUCACGAACGAUCGAUCCGCUUUCCUUUACUAUUCCUCGAAUGGCAGAUUGCACGAGAUUUACCGAGGCUUCAGCUUUGUCCUUCCUUUCUUCCAGGAACUAUUUCAGCGGCAGCAAGGUAGUGCCAGUGGUCAGUACAGCUCGUCCAUGAUGAGCUCUCACUUUCAAACUGGCCAAGCUACCAAGUCGCAUCCUUCCUCGCCUGCAAAGACCGGCAGGGUAUACGCGAGCGUAGCGGAAAUGAAACGCAAAGGCAAAUUGAACUCGAGGGUGCGAUUCUUCGGUGGAUUGGGCGGUGGUUCCGAUCUUCAUCGAGACUUUCACAGUACGCCGGACUUGAAUGUGCAGGUGCAGUCGUCCAUUUUAGCUCCGAAAGGGCAUAGAAGCCAAGAGGACGUGAACGCGUUGAAUGGAAGAAACGGACUUCCACCACCGAAUCAUCCACCACCUCCGCCACCUGUCGGCCAAGUAGUCAAAGUAAACGUGGGCGCUAAUGUGCCGGAUGUAGUCACACCGGCUUCUGUCUACGAUAACAUGGCUCAUAUACAACAAGUCAAAGAAUUGGCAGCCGCGACAGUGGAUGGAAGUUACGGCGUGAUGUCGAGUUUCCGACCUUCGAACAGCGCAAAACUGUACGCCUCGCCGGAAGACAUGAAGACUGUGGGGUAUCGUUCCCGUAGCCUGCCAACCCAUACGACCCGUUGUCACGUGAGGAAGUCGCACAGCUUGCGCACCACCAACAACACGACGUUCAAACCGUUGAACAACCAACAGAACGUGAACAACGCGGUGAGCAACAACAACCAAGUGAACAACAAUCAGUCGGCCAACAACCAAUACGCCCAACCAUUGAAGACGAAUAGAAGUCACAGCACGAUCGGCAUCAGGGAGAGAAAGAAGAAAGGCAUCAGUACCAGUUCCUCGAUCACGAAUCUCUCGUCCGUGGCUAACAACAACACCGGGAACACGGUGGUGGCGGCGAACACGGCACCACCGAUCCCAGAGCCGGAUUACAGCCUCUCCGAGUCGGAGAACGACGAGGGCGAGGAGGAGACCGACGACGACGGAGAGUCGGAGAUCGCCAAGGAAUUGGAGAAGGCGGCUGCGAGGGAAAAGUUGGAAUCGACUCGAGAAACGUCGGGCAACUCGAACACUUCCGGUUCCAGUUCAUCCGGUAGCAGCUCGUUGCCCCACUCUUUCAGCGUGGAAGAGAUUCAAAAGGUGAGGACGCAAUUGAAGUCUUCGAAAAGUCAUCCGAACGACUUUCUGCUCCAACAAACGCAGCAAUCCCUGGCCGAGGAUGGUGACAAUAGCUCGAGUGGAGUGAGCUCCGAUCAAGACGUGCCGGUAGGUCCACCGACGGGUUUCGACGACACGACAGCGAGAAAUCUUGCCAACGAAGCUGCCCAGCAUCCGACCACGGUGCUCUCCAAUGUGGCCAGUGUCGAAAAAGAGGCCAAUCCGAAAAGAACGGGCUACGGUGGCAGCGGAUUAUUGACGCGGCACGCAGUCAGCUUGGCCCAAUUACCACCACCGAUCGAGGCGGAUGCCGAGGAACAGAGCAACGAUCUGUUCGUACCACCGCCACCUGAGUUCAAUGCGGGACCGUCUGCCGGGAAUGGGGACGAAUUGGUAUUUGCACCGCCACCUCAAUUCUGCGACAACAAACAACAAGCGCAACAACAACAACAACAACAACAACAACCGCAACAGCAACAGAAUCGCGUUAAGAUCAUCGGGGCGAUACCGAAAGUUACCAACAAUCAAGUAAAAGCUUCCGGUGGACGAUUGCAUAAUCAGUGAGGAAGAAUAGUCGCGAACGAUCGCCGAUGAACGGACGCGUUCGGGUCGUGUGAUCACGUUGUUCGAUCACGAUCUGUCAGAGUCAAUUUAAUCUUUCCGUAAUUAACCUUUUUCUCCAUCCGAGAUAAUUGUGCACACAGCGCCAUGAAUCCUGAAUAUCAUCUGUUCCGUCAUUCGGCCGAACGAUUAAACGAAAACCUAUAACGUAAUAAUGCGAUUAUUUGCAAUACAUUUUUUCACCGAUAUAAUAUUUCCCAUGUGGGGAAGGGGCAGUUUUUUAAGAAAAAACAAAUGCGCGCGUCGUCUCUAUCGCAACUAUCUAUACUUCGAUCGAGCGCCGUUUGGUGGUGCUCCGGUCAAGGGUCCUGUGGUAGUCAAGUGAACGAUGUAUUCAGUGAAUUUUUACCGUAAAACUUAGAAUAUGAAUUGUACGAACCGCAGAUACGUUAGAUUUAAAAAGUCGUGCGUGCAAUGCUUUCUACUUGCGAAACGAUAUAGAACCACAUUCGUAAAUGUCAAAAUAUUAUAAAUGUCUCGUGGAAUGGCCUAAGAGGUGAACGAGAGAAAAAAAGAUCUAUAUACCAUACUGUAGUUCGUAAUUAGAGACAAAAAAGAAAGUAUGCGAGCAACAGAGAGAGAGAGAGAGAGAGGAAGGGAGGGAGGGGGAGAGAGAGAGAGAGAGAGAGAGAGAGAGAGAGAGGCAGAGACAUAGAAAUAAAAAAACAAAAAAGUAAGAAUAGUUCUAUGAGAUGCGUGUGCAUGAUGCGAAUGUAGUGCGCGUGUGUAUGUAAGAAACGUAGAGAAUGAAUGUAUAGCGUAUAUCGGUUUGUUUUUCAUAUUUCUAACGAAGUACGACGCGUGUUUAAUACUUUUACAUGUAACGAUCUUUAUCCUUAAACGCCAUCAACUUCUCUCAUUCCAUCGCAUAAAGAAACAAAAUAAAAAAAAAAGGCAUUUUUUCGAAAAACAAUGCAUCGAAAUAUCAAAUCGUGUUAAGACAUGAAUCGGUGCUGCUAAUCGAAAUUCAUUUUUUUUUUUUUUUUUUUUUUUUUUUUUUUAUAUAUAUAUAUAUAACGGAAAUAGCAUAACAUGAAUUCGAUUUUGCAUCGAUGCAAAAAAAUAAUUAAAGAUGCCGAAUUAAUGGGUUAACUAAAAUAAAACGCGCGCGCGCGAAAUUGAGUUCAUUUUGUUUCUCUCGUGUUUAGACUGCUCAAGAGCCUAAUUAAAAAGUUCUAUUCACAAAGUCAUUAGAAAUUGUUUCUAGUUUGUAAUAACGAAUAAUAGCAUUACGACGAGUAUGAAUUUAUCUCUAAGCUCGUAAUCGCGUUAAUAGAGGCGCACUGUACUACGUUAACGCACCAACAUUAUUCAGCUUGUAAGAUAGAUCGUAUUCCUUCCAUUUGAAUCAGGCUCCUAAGAGUCGCGAGAUGUAACACGUUAUGAUAUAUAUUUCCUUCGGUAAAAAUAAUAUCUAUUGUAUUUAUUCACAAAAGAAGAAAACGCAAUGUUCCUCGAUUGAACAAUUUCUUAAUGAAGAAAAUCAAAAAUUAAUUCUUCUUUUUUAAUCGAACAACCUGUAUUGAUUUAUCCUGUAUAUAGUAUAUAAUAAUCAAUCGGCAAUAAGGAAAGAAAUAAAGAAAAAAAAUCUCGCGUCUCUCGGCGACACUGCUACAUAGUGUAUAUAUAUAUACUGAACAACAUUGCUACGUAUUAAAUAUCUAUAACGAUGGAACGAUUAUUAUCAUCACUUUUAUGAUCACCGCGAUAGAUUUAAGCGAUAUCCAU